AAUGCAUUUGGUUUUCCUGAUGAAUUGGGGGUCGUUCAUGCUAGGGAACAUCGUCUCUGUUCGCUUUCACUCUUCGCUUGCCACCAAGAUGGAUGCAGCUGAACGCUAUAGGUACAAUCCUAAGCUCGAAUGGAAUCCUCGAGUGAAGGAGUAUUUUAUCAAAGCUUAUGGCGAGCAACACUUUCAGUGUAUAUGCGAUGCCCUUACGCGGCCUUCUGGUUACUCCUGUAUCCGUGUCAACAACCUUAAAUCCACGAGUGACGUCAUCAUUGAUAAGUUAAUGGAAUUAUAUGACAAAAAUUCUGCAAACUCAAAGAGUUCUUUUACUAAUUUUAUUGGGAAGUGCCAAAUUCCUAGCAUGGACUAUGUUGUCGUUGUACAAGGUUCAGGACCUCACAAGCUCGAAUAUGGUGAUGAACCUAAUAAGCCUUUAAAGGAGGUGAUUGUGAGCCGCAAAUGUGCUGAGGCUGUUCUCCGAGGAGCCCAAAUAUUUGUCCCUGGUGUCAUGGCGUGUAGUUCACAUGUUGAGAAGGGUGAUGUAGUUGCAGUCUCAGUUGCUGUGGAACAACCUGGUCCACAUAAUGGAUGGGGACUGGGCAUAACACGUGGAACUGUUUUGCAAGGAUCAAAAUCUGAUCCUCAAUAUUUUGAAAGAUGUGGCCUUUAUAUUGGCCAGGGCGUAGCAAUGAUGUCAAGAGCUGGUAUAUUUGGAGCUUCACAGGGUAUUGCCAUUGAAAUGAUAAAGAGAGUCUAUGAACUCCCAUCAUUCUAUGGCAUCUUGAAAGGGGAAAUUUUUCUUCAGAACUUGCCAAGCAUUAUUACUGCCCAUGUCCUUGAUCCUCAAGAAGGAGAACUUAUAUUGGAUAUGUGUGCCGCUCCCGGUGGUAAAACAACAGCAAUUGCAAUCUUGAUGAAGGAUAUGGGUGAAGUUGUGGCAUGCGAUAGAUCUCACAACAAGGUGGAGGAUGUAAAAAACUUGGCCCUUGAACUGGGCUUGACCUGUAUAAAAGCAUACAAACUUGAUGCUCUUAAGGCUGUUCUACGACCGACUGAUGUCCCUAUCAACUCUAGCAAUGAUACAUCGGAUAUGGACAUCAAAGGUCCACAAACCCCCGCAUUAUGUGAAACAGAACUUAAAUCUGACAUCGACAAACCCUGUAUUACUAACUCAAUUGAUGAGGAUACGGAUGUCAGUACAACAGCCAACAACAAAAGCUAUACUAGUAAAGCCAUUGCCAGGAAGCAAUUGAGAAAGAUGAGGAAUGGGCCAGGCAGAAACCAUUGCAUGGGUGCUAGGGUUGACAAAUCCGUGGGAUUUAGGCCCGGCACCUUUGAUCGUGUCCUUCUUGAUGCUCCUUGUUCUGCUUUGGGAUUGAGACCACGCCUUUUUGCUGGAGAAGAAACAUUGGAAUCAUUGAUAAACCAUGGAAAGUAUCAAAGAAGGAUGUUUGACCAAGCGGUGCAGCUCGUCCGUCCUGGUGGAGUUAUUGUGUAUUCAACAUGUACAAUGAAUCCAGGAGAGAACGAGGCCUUAGUUCGUUAUGCUCUGGAUACUUACACAUUCCUUUCUUUGGCACCUCAACAUCCUUAUGUUGGGGGCCCUGGCCUUGUGGGCGGUAGUCAAGUAUUUGAUGGGGAGUAUUUUGAAGAAUGGCUUAGACCGGGUGAGGAAGUAUUGGUUCAGAGAUUUGACCCCUCUGCUUCGCUGGAUACUAUUGGUUUCUUCAUCGCAAAAUUCAAUGUUGACCAGAAACAAAGCUAACCAGAUAUGAUUAGUGCUUUUUUUAUUAUUAAUAGAUGAUUAGCAUCCACUCAUGGGAUGUGAACCUUAGGCUCUCCAUUGUGGUGUAUUGUAUCUAUUGAUACACAGGUUCUGCAGCUUUUCUUUUUCUAGUUUUUGAGCAUAUAUUGAUAACUAUUUAAAAAAUGAUCUGUCUGAAUUCAGGUUGAAAUGUUUCUUCCCCAUUAUCUUUUGAAGUGUUGUACUAGAAAUAGUUACCCUUCUAUUAAGCUUCCAUAAAAAGGAUGAAAAGUUCUUCAAUUGA